GAAGUACUAGUAUUACUCUGGCGGAGGACUCCUCAAUCCCGAUCACAGCGCGAGUCAGAGUCCAAUACAAACGAAAUAAUUUAAAACUGAGAAAGCAGACUCGGUUGCUUCGCCGCGCCGAUACAACAAUGACUCUACUCCGGUCACUUUUGGCGGUUACUCUGUUGCUCACUUUCUUCAUCUCUCUCUCACAAGCUUUCCAAUCCGACGAGCUUCUCCUCGACGACGAAGAAUUCGGCCUCGAAGGUGGACGCCCCCAAUCCCGUCCAUCACCUAACACCGCCACCACCACCACCACCACCACAUCCACUCGCAAGAGGAUUCCAGACUCUGCUUCCGAUUCAAAGAUCCAGUUCACUCUCGAACACGCUUUCGGUGACUCCGAUUUCUCCGACGCCGGUAACUUCUCCGCUCGCCUCAAAACUUGGAGCCACGGCGCUCAGACACUGACGAAACUGCGGUUUUCGAGAGAUUCUUUCACUGAUGUUGAGAAGAAUAAAUUUCAAGAGCUGUUGAAAGGAGAUGAUUUCUAUAAGAUUAGACUGCCAUCCAAUGUUUUGAGCCCUCCAGGAAGGGAAUAUAUUGUUUCUUCGGUGAAAGCUAGAUGUCUUCCAGGGGACGGUUUGGAGGAACACUUUGUAAUACACACGGAAGGUGUUAACAUCUUGGGUGUCAAUUAUGGUUCUCCAGGGGCUUGCCCUUAUCCUCGGCAACUGAAGCUUCCAGCCAAGUGGUCUUUCAAGUCACAUACACUUUUGAAGAACAGUGAACAGGCACCAAGGACGCCAAUAUUUGCAGAAGAGGUGCUUGGUGGAGAGGGGGUGGAAGGUGAAAUUGUAAUGCCAAUUGAAAGAUCUUUUUGGGCUAAAUAUUGGAUGUACAUGAUCCCUCUCGGAUUGAUUGUAAUGAAUGCCGUGACCCAAGCAAUGAAUAUGCCUGAGGAACAGGCUGGUGGGCAAGCUGGGGCACCGCCGCAGCCAGGAUCUGCAGUUCAGAGGGGAGCAAAUUCUGGUGUACGUAGAAGAUCAUAAUUUUGUUUCGUCUACCUAAGAGGACAUUAUUUAAGGACAUCGAUAAUGAAGGAAAUUUUAGAUUUAACUUUUAUGUAACAUUUCGAAUAAUUUAGAUGUAUCAGCUCUGUAAUUCAUAUUUUGCUUGUGAACUUUGAAACAGCUGGGGUAAAGUUUUCCAAUUAGAUUGAGUAAUUAUUGUCAUUUAAGUUUUAACACGAAAAACAGUUUGGCUCCCUCUGGUUUUAGUGAUGAUUAUGGAGCUAUGUUAUUCAAUGUGAAGAAAUGUUAUAUAGUUUUUGAAUUGUAUGAAA